AAUUGGUGGAACAGCUUAAACAAUCUGUCACAUGUACGCCCUGACCCAUUGAACAGGUUAGCUGACGAGUGAUUGACAGGGAAUCGAUGACCUUGAUGAAUGUCGUGAUAUCGUGCUAGCGUAGUUCUAUGUUAUGAAGAAAUAACAUCUGAGCCGACGGUCUAAUUGAAACCAUGGCAUUCUUACGGUCAGCAAGUGGGACUGGGUGGCUAAAGCAGAUGAAAUGGUCGCCAUAUUUGUGUCACCCGCACCAAUUGGGAUUGGUCGCGCCUUCCUAUAAAAGAACGUUCUCGUAUUCCAGCAAUAAGUUAGCGAGUGGAGCCACGAAUGGAAAACUGAAAAAAAGAGUGCAUGAGUCUGCAGAUACCGUCAUUAUUGGUGGUGGGUGUGUAGGUGUCAGUGCCGCUUAUCAUUUAGCCAAAGCAGGAAUGAAAGAUGUUGUAUUAUUAGAAAAAACAGAAUUAACCGCUGGAUCUACAUGGCACGCUGCUGGUCUUGCAACAUAUUUCCACCCUGGAAUUAACGUAAGGAAUAUACAUUACGACAGUAUUAAACUGUUCAAUACUUUGGAAGAAGAAACUGGACAGAAAAUUGGCUUCCAUACACCUGGGAGUAUUCGGUUGGCAGUUACACCAGAAAGGGUGGAUGAAUUUAAGUAUCAGAUGAUGCGAGCUGGUUGGAAUAAAGCACCGCAAAGACUAAUGGAUCCAGAUGAAAUACAGAAAAUGCACCCACUGCUCAACAUGGAUGGGAUAAUUUUAGGAAUGUAUAACCCAGGAGAUGGCCACAUUGAUCCAUAUUCGCUAACUCAAGCUUACGCAAUUGGUGCUCGUAAAUAUGGUGCCGAAAUCUAUCAGAAUGCUCCUGUGUUAGGCAUGAAACAGACAUCAGACGGCAAAUGGGAAGUGGAGACGCCGGAAGGUACAAUGAAAGCCAACAGAGUUGUCAACGCAUCAGGAUUCUGGGCCCAUGAAAUAGGCCGGAUGAUUGGAAUAGAACUACCAUUGGUACCAAUACAUCAUCAAUACGUUAUUACCUCAACAAUACCAGAAGUAAAAGCAUUAGGCUAUGAAUUACCAGUUAUUAGAGAUUUAGAAGGGUCAUAUUACCUAAGACAAGAAAGAACAGGAUUGCUGAUUGGUCCAUAUGAACACCAGGACAAGAUGAGGAUGCAAGACAGUUGGGUGGAAGAUGGUGUUCCACCAGGCUUUGGUAAAGAAUUAUUUGAGAGUGAUUUGGACCGUAUCAGUGAUAACUUAGAUGCUGCUAUGGACCUGGUACCCGUAUUGAAAACAGCCGAUAUACAAAGUGUAGUUUCCGGUCCAAUAACAUACACACCAGAUAUACUAUACGGUAUUAUACAUUCUGGUGGUGUUGAUCCAAACAGAUACAAUAGAUGGACCACUAGAGAGUUUGUCACUGCCAAAGCCAGGGAAUCAUACGGUUUCAACAACGUUGUUGUCUAUCCAUUCGAAGAGAGAUAUGCAGGACGUCCAACUGAGAGAGUAACCGGUGCUUAUCAGAAAAUGAAAGAGAGGGGAGCGGAAUUUAGUUUUCAUGCAGGAUGGGAGCAGCCAAGCUGGUUUGCGUUACCUGGUGACGAGGCUGGAUACAAACCAAGUUUUCGGAGAACAAACUGGUUUGAGCCGGUUGGUCGUGAAUGUCGCAUGGUGAUGGAGAAAGCUGGAAUUAUUGAUUUGACCCCAUUUGGAAAAUUUGAAAUUGAAGGAAAGGAUGCAAUGAACUUGAUGGACUAUGUAUUUGCCAAUAAUAUGCCAAAGGUUGGUCGUACAACAGUAGCUCACUUGAUAUCACCCAAAGGCAAAGUGUAUGCCGAAAUGACGAUCACAAGAUUGGCCGAAAAUCAUUUCUUUUGCAUAACAGGGUCAGGAUCAGAGCUACACGAUAUCAGGUGGAUUGAGGAGCAGGUGUUCGCUGGUAACUAUGACGUCAAGAUCACGAACGUGACUGAUCAAAGACAUUGUCUUGGAAUAGCAGGUCCAAAAUCAAGAGAUAUUCUACAAAAAUUGACAACAACCGAUGUUAGUCAUUCCAAAUUUUUACCAAUGGUCAACAAAUUCAUGGAAGUGGCGGGAAUCCCAGUUUUUGCUAUUAGAAUCUCGUACACAGGUGAAUUAGGAUACGAGUUUUACCAUGAUAGAAAGGAUACACUAAAGUUAUACGAAGCAUUGUUAGAGGCUGGUGAACCCUAUGGUAUGGGUGAUUUUGGUACUUAUGCUUUGAACUCAUUGAGAUUAGAAAAAGGUUUUCGACUGUGGGGAAGCGAGAUGAUUAUGGAUAAUAAUCCAUUAGAAGCUGGAUUGGAUUUCUUUAUUAAGCUCAAUAAGAAAACCAAUUUCAUUGGUAAAGAAGCCUUAUUGAAAAUAAAAGAGAAAGGACUCCAACGUAAACUAGUGUUAUUGUCUGUUGAUACUGAUAAUGUUGAAGCAGAAGGGAAUGAGACAAUAUGGCUUGAUGGCAAAGUGGUAGGUAAUACCACAUCCGGUGGUUACAGUUAUAUGACUAACCAAAGUGUAGCCUAUGCGUAUCUACCUAUGGAUCUUACAUCUAUUGGGUCAAAAGUUGAAGUGGAAUUACUAGGAAAGCAUUAUGUAGGAACAGUUAUACCAGAACCUUUGAUGGAGACUGAACCAACAAUAACAAGAAGAAGGUUAAAAAAAGAGAAAGAAGCUGCAAAAUAAUUUGUUCAUUGUACUAUAUGUCAUGUAUGUGUACUAGAUCAAAUUAAGACAUGGUUUAGGGAACUGACAUAAAUUAAAUAAUGGUGGUAAUAUGUUUUCAAAGAAAGCUUUAUUCCUCCCAAUGAACUAAUUGGGUAUGGAAUGGCUUUGAGUACUUUCUUCCUGUUGAGGUGAAAAAUGACAAUGAUGGUUCUCGUGAACUUAUUCCAACCCAGGAAAACAUAGAAAGUAUCAGUAGGUUAUUUUGAAUAUGUGACAAUGUUUUGAUCAAAAAGACUUCAGGAUGUCUACAAGCUGGAGGUCCUUUUGAAUGAUUGGAAAAAAUCACAAAUUCGAAAUUCACAGAUAUAUUGUGGGAAACUAUUUUCAAAAUAUGUAAUUGACAAUUCUUGCACAAAAAUAAUAUGCAUAAUCUUGUAAUACAUUAAACAUACACUGUACUCUGUGAUCCAGCUAGAUAUGCUGUUUUUAGUCUACAUUAAUAUAGUCGUAUAAAUAAAACAAUCAAUUGAUUCUAGUUUCAAACAGUAGAAUACAAAUUAAUGUGAAAAAUAUCAAUGUACAAAUAAAAGACGAAAUUGAGAAAUCGAACCCUAAGUGCAACAAUUGAGGUACCUGGCCUUUGAAGGAAGAUGCAUUCUUUACUAUUUCCUGGUUGAGUUCACUCUUUGUAUUGUUCAAAUAAAAAGUGUUUUGCAUUACACUAGCACUCAACUGUAAUACGAGGCUUAUCUGUAGCAGGGUUAUUUUUAUUUAUGUCUAUUCAGAUAUUAUUAUAAUUAAUCCUAAUAAAUUGUCCAGAUUUAUUUCUGUACUCUACUUUGUCUGUUAUGUGAUACCAGAUGCAUGGAAAUGUGUAAGUUGGUUGAUAUUAUAAUAAAGGCAUCAGACAAUAUGUGAUGU